GGCUCCUCCAGAUGGGCUGUCGUUUGGCUCGAUUGGCUUAAGUUCUGAGCGCACCGAGACUUUGGGUUACUUCCUCUGCUCACAUACAUCACAGUGUGGAUGGGAAGUUACUGCAUCUAUUCGCACUUGAACUUCUGCAGUUGCGCCUGAUGUUGUUUGGAUAAAACGAGCAAUUCGAAAGAUGAACAAGAUAGUUGUCCAGAGGUCAAAUCAGUACAAGAUUUUGGAGGAACACAGGAGUGAGGAGGAGAGAUGCAAUGUGGACUGUCUGGUAACAGAUGAACAGCAUAUAGACUUACUGUGCCAAGAUGCAAUAGAAGACAACCUUGUUGUAGACAGGAGGUACGGGGCUAGUCUGGGUGGGGUCAAAGUUCGCUACAAGCGGCAGGCACUUCAGGACAUGGCGAGGCCGCUGAAGCAGUGGCUGUACCAACACAGGGACAACCCCUACCCCACCAAGACAGAGAAGACCCUGCUCGCCCUGGGGUCCCACAUGACUUUAGUACAGGUCUCAAACUGGUUUGCCAAUGCCCGGCGGAGGCUGAAGAACACAGUGAGACAGCCAGACCUGAGUUGGGCUCUACGUAUCAAACUCUACAACAAAUACGUUCAGGGCAACGCUGAGAGACUUAGUGUCAGCAGUGAUGACACCAACUCUGAGGACGACGAAUGUCCCUUACAAACUCCAGCAAAUCAAUCAGAGAUCUCCAGGCCCUCCCUCAAGAGUGUCAUCAAACAGGAGAAAAGGACUGAUCCCGCCUACAGUGACGACUACAUCUCUCCACCGCCCAAGUACAAGAGCAGCUUGCUGAAACGGUACCUUAACGACACCCUACGACACGUAAUGGCGACCACUGAUGACGUCACAAAGUCCCGCCGCAGGAACCACUCAGGAUCGUUCAGCUCCAACGAGUGUGACGAUGACCUUGUCUCGCCCUCUUCCUCCGAGGCAGAGACACGCUUUGUCUACCCUAUGUACAUGAUGGACUUUGCAUCAACUAGAUGUGACAGUGAUGGGAAGAGUGAAAGAGGCCAGCGGAGGGAGGUGGCAGAGUGGAGGGAGAUCCACGCUGCCAUGGCUCUGUCUAACUUGGCCCAGGGGCAGAGCUGCGCCACAGGGCCCACCACCACCAGCUGUGCCACAGGGCCCUCCUCCACCACCAGCUGCGCCACAGGGCCCACCCCUACCAGUUGCAUCAUCCAGAAGUCUUCUCACAUCUCCGAGAUAAAGACUGUCAAAGUGGUCUAGACACUGAUCACUCGAUUUCUAGACACUAUUUCCCUCUAGGCGCAGAUCUAGGAUCAGCUUCUCCUCCUCCAAUCCUAUCCUUACUAAUUAGCGAGGAAAAUGCAAAACAGAACCAAGAUCAGCGUCUAGGGGCAUCUUCAACCUACACCGUCUGGACCAUGGCCAAUCUGGUCACUUGAAUCAAUUUGAAUUACAAAAGGCAACCUGUAAUUCAUAUUAUGCGUUUUUACAACCUACAAUAUUAAAUUGUGGUAAAAAAUAAAAUAAAAUGCGAUUUUCAAGACUUAACACAAGUGUAGAGGGACUGCAGUAAAAAAACAGUGUUGACCAACUUAGCAAAGUUACCUACUCUGUCAAAGUGUUUCAACAUUUUCGAUUUUGAUGAUUUUGAUGUGAGAGGAAUCUGAAAGGACAAAUUGCUACCUUGAUGUAAAUGUAAAUAUUUUUUUAUUUAACCUUUAUUUAACUUGGCAUGUCAGUUAAGAACAAAUUCUUAUUUACAAUGACGGCCAACCAGGGAACAGUGGGUAAACUGCCUUGUUCAAGGGUAGAAUGUGACAGAUUGCUUUUACCUUGUCAACUCGGGGAUCCAAUCUAGCAACCUUUCGGUUAGUGGCCCAACGUUCUAACCACUAGGCUACCUGAUGCCCCAAAUAUUAGAUAAAUAGCGUUGUAGCAGUAUUGUAAAAUAAUGUGGCAUCGAAGUCAUGAUAGAAUAUAGUAGCACAUUUCAGAGCAAAAAUAGAACUGAGGAUUUUUUCAAUACUAAA